UGCGAAACGCGAAACGCACUGCCAUCCGAUCCGAGGCUUUUUCUUUAUCUCCGAUGGGGGCAGAUUGAUCACCUCCAAUCAGAAGGGCACACCCUCCCUUCUGUAUCAAUAUUAAUCUGCCCGCCCGGAUCCAUCCAUCCAUCCAUCCAUCCAUUCCUUCUGCUGCCUCCCCCUCCUCCACUUACUACUUUCCUUUGUGUGCAUCUCUAUCUACCCUCCAUCCCCUCCAUCCCCUCCCUACCCACCAUCCGGCCUUCCCCUCAAUCCUUCGCGUCGCCAGGCUCUCGUCCGGGAUUUCUUUUCCCAGGCCGCAUCCUGGGAGACGGCGUCGCUUCACUCUUUCCCUCCCAAGAAUGCUUCCGUGACCAUGGGCCAUCUCAAGCAGCAAUUGCCGAUUCCGCUGUCGCCCGCAAUGCCCCUCCCGCGCCCGAAUCCCUCCCUCGACGAUGACUUCUGCCUUCCCAUGACCCCUCCGGAGCCUGCCGAUGCCCCGCUGUCCGGGACUAAGGACACGGCGCCUGUUGCUACGGCCCUUCAGGUCAUCGCAACGGAGCGUGCGGCCCUGGCGCACCUGGAGCACAUCUAUCAGACCGAUCCGCUGGCGCAGGAGUACCUGGCGCGCGCCGUGAGUCAGAUCGUGCGCACCAUCAAGCAUGGCGGGAAACUCGUCUGCUGCGGUGUCGGGAAGAGUGGCAAGAUCGCCCAAAAGCUGGAGGCCACCAUGAACAGUCUGGGAAUAUACAGUGCCUUCCUGCAUCCGACUGAGGCCCUGCAUGGCGAUCUGGGCAUGAUACGACCGCACGAUACCCUCCUCUUGAUAUCCUUCUCGGGUCGCACCCCGGAGCUUCUGCUCAUGCUCCCUCACAUACCUUCCACGGUUCCAGUCAUCGCCAUCACCUCCCACAUGCGCCCCUCCACCUGUCCGCUUCUCUCCUUCCAGCCCUCCAGCAUGGGAAUCCUCCUGCCCGCACCGAUCCACGAGGACGAGGAGUCCUCAAUUGGAGUAUGUGCCCCGACGUCGUCCACCACCGUCGCCCUGUCGCUAGGAGAUGCACUGGCCAUCGCUACGGCGCGACGUCUGCAUACCUCUCCCGGACGAGGCCCGGCGGAGAUCUUCAAAAGCCACCACCCCGGAGGAGCCAUCGGCGCCGCGUCCAUCGCCCUGACACCGAUAAGCAUGUCCUCCGCCUCCAGUUCCUCUGCCCCAUCCGACUACCUUCCCACCCAACCAUCGGAAUCCUCAUUCCCCCAAUCGGACACCAAAACCGACCAGCGUCCUUUGGUCCGCGACAUGCUUAUUCCUCUGGACCAGAUCCCCAAAGUCACGGCCUCAGGAAAGGUCCGUCUCCUGGACAUCCUCCUCACCGCGAUCCAGCACCCCAACGCAAAGUCCUGGGUCUAUCUCUCCCCGUCGGAGAUCGUCCCUCCCCGCCACCUCCGCUUCGUCUCCCAGAGCAACUACGUAGACAUGCCUGUUUCCGCGUUCGUCGAUCUCGGCCUUCCCUUCGGCGUCGCCCGCAAGGACUGGCUCGAGAUCCCCAGCUCCAGCACCAUCGAAGACGCGCGUCGCCUCGUCUCAGACGCCUCUGCUUCCGCCGGAUCCCCCGUCACCGUGAUUGCCGUCAUGCAGGAGGACGAGUGUCUGGGCGUGAUCGAAGCCGAGGAUCUGUGGAAUGACUGCGAUGACUAG